AUGUCCACUCCUCCUUCAAGGGAGGUUUGCAGGUUUUUUGAGAAAGGGAAUUGCAGAAAUGGCAAUUCGUGCCGGUUCUCACAUGAUCCCACUUCUAUCCAUCGCCGUCCCAGACAAGGAACCGCAAGUCGGGACCCCCUUCUGCCCAGUACCUCUACGCUACCUUCACCACGUGUUCGGGCGGGCAACGAGCGUGCCCCGCGAGGAACUUGCGAUUUCUUCUGGUCUACCGGCCAGUGUAACAGAGGCUUUGAUUGCACCUUCAGGCAUGCCCAGAAGCCAAAUGGCACAGAAAACUCGCAGUCACAGGUACACGAAGAUGCGCAUCCUUCCGAAAAUUUAGAUUUUUGCACUCCUGAGGGUCUAGCAGAGACGAAUGGGAUUAUUCAUGAUCGCCAGUACUCAUUCACUCCUGCAGAAGCUCACAACCACAUCAAGACAUUUACAAACCCGAAAUUCGCUUUCUCUCCCUCACACCGUGUCUCCCAGAUGACACAGUUAGCAACAAUUUUAGCCAGCAUUGACAAGAGAAACCCAUCGUGGGACUCAGAGACUUCUCAGUCAUUUCUUGAGAUGAUUGUACAGAGUACGGCCUUAAGUAGGAUUCGAGAAUUACUUGCGGCUGAGGAAGUGACUCCCAGAAUCGGUAUGGGAUUUCAAAAGCUGUCAUUCCAACGCGGAUAUUUUCCAGCCCUACAGUUUUUCACCUCGGAAUUGAUACUCAGAUCUACCCUACGCCAUAACAUAAAUGCUUUGUAUACGGCCCUAAAGGAUAGCUUUGACAACGUCUCGGACGUAGUCGCAGUAUGCGUCGACAGCAUGGUCAAUGCACGAUCUUGGAAAGAUCCAACGCCUGGACUUCCGUCGCCAUACAACUCACAGUUAUCCGGUGUCGUUCUUUUCUCAACAUUGUCGACACUCCUACACAAAUUCUUUCUUUGUUUCAAACGCGACGCCGUCGUUCGACCGAAUUUCGUCGCGAUUGUAGACGACUUGAUGAGGUGGUACACCACAUGGGCCGAGGACCCAAGCGCAUUCGGCGACCAUCUUGACGCAGGUCGUCGCCAACUCACUCUUAACGAAUUGCAGCGAAAUAUCGAUCGUCUUCAGGAGAUAGUUCAGCGGGAACAUAUCAGUAUUGAAUCAAAGAGAAAUCGUCCAACCCGAACAAACACGUUGAGCAUCGCUGAUAAACGCCAAGCGCUUUUGACGCGCCUCGAACAGAGUUAUGACCCACCAGGUGUUUUACGUGCCAAUGGUCUUCCUCGCCACGACAACGACGCCGAGAACAUAUCCGAAAUCCGCAUCGUUCCCACUCGUCAAGAAUUGUUAUGCGACAUUGCCCCUUAUCUUCCUGUCAAUAUCUUUGAAGCUCCCCAUCAUUGCGCCGAGGGCUCGAUGGAAAGACAUCUUGAUACUCACUUUCGACUCUUGCGGGAGGAACUCAUUGCGCCUAUACGAGAAUCCCUUGCUGUCCUGCAGGUGGAUUUCAACACCAUGGCCAAUUGGAAUAAUCGUAGUCACACCCAUCCUUAUACCCCAACUCAGAUUGAACAGAUCAUCCACAAAAAUGGGGGCCUUUACCGGACCAGUGGCUAUAAUUCUGUAAUGUUCCAGGUCUACACCAACGUGGAAUUCUCUCCUGUAGAGGCUGUACGCCGCGAACUCACCGUGGGUCUUAUCAUGGACGCACCGGCAGGGAACGCUCGAAAUGCUGAUCGCAAGGUCAGAGAAGAGUAUUGGAAGCGCUCCAAAAGGCUUGCUGGUGGCAGUCUUGUCUGUCUCUUGAUCGCUCGUGGCGGAAAUCUGUUCAUCUACCCCGGUAUCAUUCUAUCGUCAGGUAAUGACAUCGCCGAAUCUGCAAAAGUUUCUCAACUGCAGAUCGAAGUCCGCGCCCGGUUCUUUGACCCUGACGUUGAGCUCAAAGCUCUACGUCGUGGCAAUACGAAAACUGACCGAUCAUCCUUUACCCUUCUCAUCGACAACAACAUCAUGUUCGAGUCGAUACGUCCUUUUUUGGAGACGCUGCAAUGCGCUGAACCCACAUCAAUUCCUUUCUACCGAUAUCUCUCUCAAUACAGCGAGUUGCAGAACUUGGAGAUAUAUCCCCCUAAGUUUGCUUUGUCUCCGAGAUUCCGGUUCAAUUUGGAAGGCCUUGCAACCAAUGGUGCAUAUAUACAUCCUUUGAAUGCCACAGAUCCCCUGUCUAUUCAACGUUCCCGUUUGGAGUUGCAGGCCUCAAGCUAUCUUGACCGAAGUCAAUGUGAGGCAAUGAUCGAUGUGCUAACACGCGAAGUUGCUUUAAUUCAAGGUCCUCCUGGCACUGGCAAGAGUUUUACUGGGAAGGAGAUCCUCCGUGUGUUGUUUGCCAGUAAAGUCAAGCCGGUCAUUUUGAUUGCUUUUACAAACCAUGCCCUUGACCAUAUGUUACUGUCACUCUUAGACAGUGGCAUCACCAAGAACUUUGUCAGACUGGGUUCACGGUCAAGCGACGAGCGCAUAGCAGAAUAUACGUUGGACAAGAUUGAACAGUCUCGUCAGACAAAUUCUGAUCGCUCCGUAGGCAAGGCCUAUCGUGAAAUGAAAUUACUUGAGAAGGAGAUGGCUUCGGUCCUGAGAGACAUUCAGAUACCUGAUCCAACGUGGCCAGAGGUGCAAGAAUUUCUCGAAAUUCAUUAUUCUGAACACUUGGAAUCUCUUCUUAACCCACCGUACUGGAUCGAACAUCUUUUCGAACCGAUAUUUGGUCAGGAAGAAGGGGAAUGGGAGGUUAUACAACGAAACAAGAACCGCGGUGGUGAUAAGCAUCUUGUCAAUACGAGAUACGGGCUUUGGAAGAAUGGAUACGAUAUCCAAUUUAUCACACCUCCUUCCGGAACAUCAGACAGGAACAAAGACGAGGAUGAGGUAGGGAAGGGAAAGGGCAAACAGAAGAAGAAGAAGAACCUGAAGAAGCAGAAACCGGAACCGUCGCCCGACCAAUUUGCAGAGCACAACCAACGUUUGAACGAUUUUUUCGCGCAGCUGGGCUUCGAUACGAUACCUCCCGUUCCCGCAGGAUCCCGGCAGGUCCCGGAGUUACUCAUGGUCAAUAACAUAUGGACACUCUCGUCACACGAACGACAGUCUCUCGCUCGCAAGUGGGAACAGGAAUUGAGGGAAAAUGCGUAUAAUUCACAUCUAGAAAAGUAUCACUCUCUUCGCGAUGAGUAUGAAGGUGUCUGCAGACGAUAUAAUGAUGUGAAGGACGAGAGUCGACGUCGAUUACUCUCGCGCGUGGAUUUGAUUGGUUGUACCACCACUGGUGCAGCCAAGUUAACGUCGCUGUUGACCACUCUUUCACCCAAGGUAGUGCUGGUCGAGGAAGCCGGGCAAGUUCUUGAAGCACACAUCCUUGCAUCGUUGGUUCCCAGUGUGGAGCACCUCAUAUGUAUCGGUGAUCCGCAGCAACUCAGGGCAACCCUGGCAAACUAUAACCUCUCCAUGGACAGCGACCGAGGGAGAGAACUGUACAAACUCGAUCGCUCAUUGAUGGAACGACUGGCAGACAACGGACUGCCCAUGUCCCUCAUCAAUGUUCAACGACGGAUGCGUCCCAGCAUCUCCCAUCACAUCCGAAAGAUCCUAUAUCCACGUUUAGAAGAUCAUGACUUUGUUACACACUAUCCACCAGUCACGGGGACAGAGAAGGAUAUAUUCUUCUUCAGUCAUACACAUAGCGAGGAUGCCGCGGAGGAGUCAGUCUCCAAAACGAACAAAUUCGAGGUCGCCAUGGUCGUAGACUUGGUCAAGUAUUUUUUGCAGCAAGAUGUGUACAGCGCUCCUGGGGACAUUGCGGUGCUAUGCGCAUAUCUAGGCCAGUUGCAAAGAGUAAGGGCCGCUCUGAGAGACCUUAAGAUCGCUGUCUCUGUGGAUGAUCGUGAUGCAGAACAGUUAGACAAACAAGGGAUGGAAGAAGAGGCGGUCGUCGAAGAAGUGACUGUGGCUAGACAUAUACGUCUAGGGACCGUCGAUGUCUUCCAAGGAGAAGAAGCCAAGAUUGUCAUUGUGUCACUGGUGCGAAACUCGGGUACAUUUGCAGGAGAUAAUGUGCCGAUUGGAUUUUUGAAGUCCUCCAACCGUAUCAAUGUAGCCCUUUCUCGUGCUAAACACGGACUGUACAUCCUUGGUAAUGCGUCCAACCUACGUCAAAAUGAGACAUGGAGAACCAUUAUCGACGAGAUGGAGGCUAAAGACCAGAUUGGUUAUGGGCUACCCGUCUCCUGCCCUCGUCAUCCGGAUCAAAAAGCGUUCAUUACCGAACCGGGCCAAUUAUCGCAAAGAGCACCUCUGGGUAUAGCUGCUAAAACAAACGUCUUUUAUACACUAACAGCUCCGUGUAGGGGGCUGCACAUUGCCAUGCGAUCACCAAAUGGAAUGCGGCCAUAA